GCUGGAUUCUUCCUCUGGCUCGCAAUCGUGACGCCCACAAAGCUUUCGAUAUUGUUUCUUUAUCGCUCUCUAUUCAGAUGCAUGAGACGAUUCAUAAUCCUCGUCCAUUUUAUGAUAGGUUUCUGUGUUCUGUACUUCAUCGCAUUCACGGCCGGAAAUCUGAUCCAAUGUAAACCAAUUGCCUAUAAUUGGGAUAGGACAAUUCCAGGCGGGAAGUGCCUCAAUCCAAGUAUGGGAUUCCUCACUUCUGGAUCCAUCAACUUAUUUAUCGACGUUACUCUUGUCAUCAUGCCAGCGCCCAUCGUGUGGAAAAUGCAGAGCCUCUCUAAGACGAAGAAAGUCCUGGUCACGGGCAUGUUUGGGCUCGGAAUAUUCAUCUGUCUCCUUGUGGGACUCCGCUUUAAAUAUGUACUCGAAACGGAUCAAGCAGAUUUCACUCAUGAUGGCGAGGUCGCAGGUAUAUGGGGAGAACUAGAACUCUACCUCGGUAUUAUUAGUGCCUGUCUUCCGCUCGUUUCCCCA